CUCUUCUUCUUCGUUUGUGAAAUCGAUUCUACACAUUACUCUGUUUUUAAUCUGAUGUUUGGAGAGAGAUUCAUGGGUUUUGGAGAUUUUAACUUCGGACAAGCUUCAGAUCAUCGUCCUCUUCCUGAUUUUGGUUCCGGUGGGCUCUUACAAAGUCUCGACACAAACCCAUUUCUGAAGAAUCAGUAUUACAACAACAGUGUUGAAGCUCUGGAUUUGUGUAAAAAGCUUCACAAAAUGGGUAUCUCUUGUGACAUGAGUAUUUGGACUAAACCCGAAGAACCGUUCCGGGUCGACCCGGAUGAUUUUGGGUCUAGAGCUAGAACAACUCUUCAUGGGUUUUCUGGGUUCGACCAGAAUCUGAAUGAAGCUUCCUCUGUUCGUCUGCAAAACAACUUUCAUGGAGUUUCUUCUUCUUCAGGAGAGAUUAGAUUGCUUGGCCAUCAAGAUUCCUUUAACCCCAACGGAUUUGAAGAGAUGAUGGCUUUUAAGAAUCACAGAGACUUUCUCUUGGACCACAUGAAUGUACCCAUUAAGCGUAUUUUACCUCCUUGUCACAGAAGCGUCUCUUUAAGCAACGGUCCGUUGAUGUUUGAAGGAAAUAGGGUUUCUCAAACCCUAGCCGCCAUGGAAGGUUCUAGAGCUUCUUAUCCAGAAGAGAGUACUCUGAUGAGAAGGUAUUUGAAGGAAGAUGAGCCUAAGAUCAAUGGUGGUUUGCCUCUGAAUCUCGUCUCCAUGGUUGAGAUUUAUGGAUCUGUGAACUUAAUGGCCAAAGAUCAGAUUGGUUGUCGAGUUUUGCAGAAACUGGUCGAAGAAGGAACGAUUCUUGAAGCUAAGGUUAUAUUUCAUGAGAUCAUUGAUCAUGUGGUGGAACUCUCCAUGGAUCCUUUUGGGAAUUACAUCGUCCAGAAGCUGUUAGAGGUGAGUGAUGAGGAACAGAGAACGUUGAUUGUGAGUGUGUUAACGUCAAAACCAAGGGAGCUUAUCCAAAUCUGUCUCAACACUUAUGGGACAAGGGUUGUGCAGAAGAUGAUUAAAACAGUGAAAACAAAGCAACAGAUUGCAUUGGUGAAGUCAGGUCUCAAACCGGGUUUUCUUGCUCUUGUUAAUGAUUUGAAUGGGAGCCAUGUGCUACAGAGUUGCUUGGAGUUCCUUGGUCCUAAUGACAACAAGUUUGUGUUGGAAGCAGCUACAAAGUACUGUUCUGAGAUUGCAACUCAUCGCCACGGAUGCCGUGUGCUUCAAUGCUGCCUUAUAAACACUGUUGGACCGCAACAUGAUAGACUCGUCGCUGAGAUAUUAAGAAACUCACAUCAUCUUUCACAGGAUCCUUUCGGGAACUAUGUGGUGCAGUGCCUAAUAGAGCAACAAGUUUCUGCAGUGAACUUGCUGGUUCAAUUUAAAUCGCAUUAUGCCGAGCUAGCAACUCAAAAGUUCAGUAGCCAUGUGAUUGAGAAGUGUCUAAGAAAGUAUCCAGAGAGUCGAGCUGAGAUUGUUCGCGAGCUCCUCUCUAUUCCAAACUUUGAACAGCUUCUGCAGGAUCCUUAUGCAAACUAUGUGAUCCAAACAGCUCUCUCUGUAACCAAGGGAGCUGUUCGAGCUAGAUUGGUGGAGAAAGUUUAUAGGUUUGGGAAUCUACAGUCGAGUCCUUAUUGCAAGAAGAUUUUCUCCAAGACCAUCAUGAAGAAGUGACUUUUAUUAAUAACCAAAAAUUGUUGUUGUUGUUGUAAGAUCGGAUAGGGCUUUAGAGAAAACAAUGCCCUUAAUGUUUUUGUUGUUGGUCUCCCUUUUUGUAGUGAAAACAACUUUUGUCAAACCAGAACUACUUGCUAGUCUGUGUUUUAGGCCAAUGCUCUUUAUAU